AUGGAAGUCAUGGCAGAAUUGAUUGCCAAACAAGCAGAAUUGGGAAAACAAAUCCAACAACUGAUCACUAACUUCAAAAAGGACUCAAAAGAGAGGAAGACAUCCCCUCGCUACUAUGAAGAGCGUAUUAGGCGACUCAACGAAUUAUGGGAACAAUUUGACCAUAACGACACACAAAUCAGGAAUUUGCCAGAUUUGGAUACGAGCGUUGCAUAUUUUACCAGCAACUACUUUCAAGAAAUCAAAGAAUUAUUUGAAAAAUAUGAGCAGAUUUUCGAAAAUGAAUUAUCAACCAAAAUACCUCCAACACCUUCCUCAAAGGAGUCAGCAACGACAGCACGUCAACCGAUGCCGUCACCGAGGGAAGGACAAUAUAGCACGAGUAUAACACGAAUGAUACACAAGCAAGGUGCAAUUUGUGUAUCACUGAAGCGACUCAUAGCAGGCAUCAAUCGUCAAACAGGCGUUCAGAUGAAAUCCUUUUAUGAAGUGAAUAUGGCAAGAAUUGAGAAGCUAUGGAACGAGAUUGAAGCCAUUAAUUUUGAAAUUUGGGAGUACACCAACAAUCCGACUACAGUGGGAUAUAAACUCGAUGAGUACCUCGAAAUGGAAGAAUUGGUUCAGUCAACUUUAAUUUCGUUAGCUUCAAAGAAAGCAAAUGAUGAACAAUCACAACAAGGAAGCAGUAAACCAGACAGCGCUGGUGUAUCACUGCCUAAGGUAACAAUACCAAAAUUCGAUGGCGAUUAUUUGAAGUGGUGUCAAUUCUAUGAUUUGUUCACCGAAAUGAUUCACAAGCAGCAGCUUUCUAACGCUCAGAAAAUGUGGUAUCUCAAAGGUAGUUUAACAGGAGAAGCAGAAGGCUUAGUCCGACACCUGUCAAUAACCAACGAGAAUUAUCAAACGGCAUGGAAUUUGCUACAAGAACGAUAUCACAACAAAAGAAUUAUUGUAGCAACAAUCAUUCAAAGAAUUCUAAAUCAACCAAUAAUAUCAACCAAUCCUUCAGCGACAGAAAUAAGGACACUCCAUGAUGUUACUUUUGAAGGAUUGCUGGCACUGAAGAAUGUGGGACUCGAAACUGAUUCGUGGUCGCCGUUACUGCUUCAUAGUUUGCUCCUCAAACUAGAUAAGCAGACUCGCAUUUUGUAUGAACAGUCGCUGACUCAUCCAAGAGAGAUUCAGUCGAUUAAGGAGUUCAUGAUUUUCCUGGAAUCACGAUUCCAGUCCUUAGAGGCGAUUGGCCAUAGGGAGAAGCCAUGCUUAGCAAAAACCCUUGCCACAACGAUGGGAAAGGCAAAUAUAUCAACCUGUAAGAUCUGUAAUAAUGGAUCACAUCCGAUAUAUUAUUGCAAAACAUUCUUGCAAUCAACACCACAAGGUCGUAUCAAGACAGUACAAAAACUUAGACUGUGCUUGAACUGCUUACGUACAGGCCAUAGGGCAGCAGAAUGCAAAAGUUCCCGGUGCAACAAGUGCAGCAAGAACCACAAUUCGUUGUUGCACUUAUCAGAGUCUUCCAAGACAACACACAAAUCGAUCAAUGUCAAAUCAGAUUCAUUGGUUGAGAAACCCGGUCAUCAACCUUCUACUGUAAUCACAGCAUUAACACAAAAUAAGGGAUACGUUCUUCUUAGUACAGUUAAUAUGAAAAUAGCUACGUUUGAUGGUGAUUUCAUCGAGUGCAGAGCAAUACUCGAUUCUGGAUCACAAAUAAACUUAAUCACAGAAAAACUGGCAAGAAAAUUAAAAUUGCAGUUACACUCAUCACCGUUAUGGAUAGAAGGAAUUGGUAGAAGCAAAAGGGACACAAAAUACAGUGUGACAACAAAAAUUCAGUCUCGAAUUAAUGAUUUCAAUGUAAAAAUCAACGCAUUCGUGAUGCCUCGAAUUAUCUCAGCCCAACCAACACAGUGUCUGGACACUUCUGGUUGGUCAAUUCCUCAGAAUAUAAAAUUGGCUGAUCCAGACUUCGCGAAUCCAAAUCAAAUUGACUUAUUAAUUGGAGCAGAAUUCUAUCACAGCUUUUUAUCGAUUGGUCAAAUCAAAAUAGGUGAGGGUCUACCUGCACUUCAGAACACGGUUUUCGGAUGGAUAUGCAGUGGCAAAGUUAGCAACGGUAAUCAAAAGUUACUUACCUGUGGCAUGUGCAGCGAAGCUGACGACGAAGCAUUGGAUAAUAUACUUACUAAAUUCUGGCAAUUGGAGGAAAUCAAUCAAACGGAUGACAAAUUCACUGAUGCAGAGAAGAAAUGUGAAGAAUCUUUUGCUCAAAACACUCACCACAAUCAUGAAGGGCGAUUUGUCGUGAAACUACCAUUUAAGGAGGAUACAACUGUUCUUGGUGAAUCCAUGCAGAUGUCGAUGAAUCGGUUUUUUAGUCUUGAACGUCGGCUGUUGAAGAAUUCUGAACUAAAGAAGAUGUACGUUGACUUCAUGCGAGAGUACGAGCAUCUCGGCCACAUGGAAAAAAUCAAUCAGGAUGAUAUAAUGCAUCCACAUUACAUUUUGCCACAUCAUUGUGUAAUCAAGGCAGAUAGUACUACAACAAAGCUUCGAGUGGUGUUUGAUGCAUCUGCAAGAACAUCAACCGGAGUCUCACUCAAUGAUAUUAUGCAUAAUGGUCCAGUCGUGCAGAACGAACUCUCAUCCAUUUUACUGCGUUUCAGGAAACCACGCUUCGUUUUUAAAACAGAUAUUGAAAAGAUGUAUCGGCAGAUACUAAUUGAUCCAAGAGAUGAAUAUCUUCAAAUCAUUAUCUGGCGAGAGUCACCAGAAGAAAACUUGUGCUAUUACAUAUUAAAAACGGUAACGUAUGGCACAAGAGCAGCGCCGUAUCUGGCAACUAACUGUCUACAAACCCUGGCCAGAGAGCAUGCCGUUAAAUUUCCGCUUGGUUCCGCUACACUCAGCAAGGAUUUUUAUGUCGAUGACGGUUUAAGUGGCUCAGACAGUCUCAUGGAGGCAAUUGCAACAAAGGAUCAACUUAUUAAAAUAUUGGCGACAGCUGGUUUCAAACCUCGCAAGUGGUGCGCAAAUAAUGCCCAAUUACUUCAAGGACUCGCUCCAGAAGAUCAAGAAGUUGAUCUCGAUGUCAGCAGUGAGUCACAUAAGACAGUAAAAACUCUAGGCCUUAUCUGGCUACCAAAAUCUGAUCAGUUUUCAAUAAAAACUAACGGACCUAUACACAGCAAAAUAACAAAGAGGACCGUAAGUUCCUAG